UCUCCCCCUGCCCCUGGUCCCCGGACUGCCUCCGGGACCAGGAACACUCUGCCCCAAAGCCGUGCGCACUGGGCCGCGGCCGCUCUUCCAGCCGGAGUGGGCGAGGCGUGCCCUCCCGGGCCGAAGCGCGAUGAAGAGGCGCGAGGAGGGCUGAGCGCAGAGCGCGCGGCCAGGGUCCCUUGGCUCGGGCCCGCGCCCCGUCUCCCCGGGGUGGGGCAGGGCAGGGUGGGGGUGGGCCGAGGCGUGGACUCGGGGAAGCCUCUCGGCGACGCGAAUAAAAGGGAGCCGGCUCGCCGCGCCGAGCUGGGAAGCCUCGCUGCCUCGCCCCCAGCCCGGGAAAGGCAUGGCCCCGGCGGACCCCCGGCGGUGACUCGCGCGCCCCGGCCCCGCGGAUGCUCAGGGCGCCCCGCUCCCGUGUGUCGCGGCUUCCGAAGGACAGGUGUCCAGGAAUAACGCACCCCGACAAGAUGCCAACGCACGCGCACUGGCCAGCACUCUCCGUGGUGCUGAUCGUGCUCUGGGGACAUCCUCGGCCCACGCUCGCCUGUCCUCACCCUUGCACCUGCUACGUUCCUAGCGAGGUCCACUGCACAUUUCGCUCCUUGGCUUCUGUGCCCGCUGGGAUUUCUAAACAUGUGGAAAGAAUCAAUCUGGGAUUUAAUAGUAUACAGGCUUUGUCAGAAACCUCGUUUGCGGGCCUGACCAAGUUGGAGCUCCUUAUGAUUCAUGGCAACGACAUCCCCAGCAUCCCCGACGGGGCUUUGAGAGACCUCGGCUCCCUCCAGGUUUUCAAGUUCAGCUACAAUAAGCUGCGUGUGAUCACAGGACAGACCCUGCAGGGGCUCUGGAGCUUAAUGAGGCUGCACAUUGACCACAACAAGAUCGAAUUUAUCCACCCGCAAGCAUUCAGUGGCUUAACAUCCCUGAGGCUGCUCCACUUAGAGGGAAACCUCUUGCACCAGCUGCAUCCCGGCACGUUCUCCACGCUGACGUUUCUGGAUUAUUUCAGACUCUCCACCAUAAGGCACCUCUAUCUCGCAGACAACAGGAUCAGGACUCUGCCCGUGGGCAUGCUACCCAACAUGCCGCUUCUGGAGAACCUUUACCUGCACGGGAAUCCGUGGUCGUGUGACUGCGAGAUGAGGUGGCUUCUGGAGUGGGACGCCAAAUCGAAAGGGACUCUGAAGUGUAAGAAGGACAAAGCCUAUGAAGGUGGCCAGUUAUGUGCCAUGUGCUCCAGUCCCCCCAAACUGCACCAACAAGAGAUUCACAAGCUGAAGGACAUUACUUGUCUGAAGCCUUCCAUAGAGUCCCCUCUGCGACAGAACAGGAGCAGGAACGGCGAGGAGGAGCAGGAACCAGAAGAGGACGGUGGCAGCCAGCUCGCCCUGGAGGGCUUCCAAUUCCCCCCGUGGAACAUCUCUUUGAACAUGACCGACGAGCACGGGAACACAGUGAACUUGGUGUGUGACAUCAAGAAGCCAAUGGAUGUGUACAAAAUUCACCUGAACCAGACAGACCCCCAAGAGAUUGAUAUAAAUGCAACGGUUGCCUUGGACUUCGAGUGUCCAAUGACUCGGGAAAACUAUGAGAAGCUGUGGAAACUGAUUGCCUACUACAGUGAGGUCCCAGUGAGGCUGAACCAAGAGCUCAUGCUCAGCAAAGACCCCAGGGUCACCUACCAGUACAGGCAAGACGUGGAUGACGAUGCUCUCUACUACACGGGGGUCCGAGCCCACAUUCUUGCGGAACCAGAAUGGGUCAUGCAGCCGACCAUCGAUCUCCAGCUCAACCGACGUCGGAGUACGGCCAAAAAGGUGCUGCUCUCCUAUUAUUCCCACUAUGCAUUAACGAUGCCCACCAAAGAGGCAAGGCGGUCUCGGAGCAGAAGCUGGGUGAUGAUCGAGCCCAACAGAGCAGUGCAAAGAGCUCAGACUGUGUUGGAAGGGAGCCCAUGCCAGCUGAGCUGCAACGUGAAGGCUUCGGAGAGUCCAUCCAUCUUCUGGGUGCUCCCGGAUGGCUCUGUCCUCAAAGCACCCACGGAGGAUGAGAACGGCAAGUUCUCCAUCCUGACCAGCGGCUGGCUGAAGAUCAAAUCGACAGAGCAGUCGGACUCGGGUUUGUACCAGUGCGUUGCUCAGGUGAGGGAUGAAAUGGAUCGGAUGGUAUACAGGGUCCUCGUGCAACCGGCUGCCACUCAGCCAGCGGAUAGUCAUACAGUAACAAUUCAGAAGAACCCAGGGGAACCGGUGAUGUUGCCUUGCAGUGCUCUGGCCAUCCCCGAAGCCCAGCUCAGCUGGAUUCUUCCAAACAAACGGAUAAUUGAUAAUGUGGCUAACACCUCGCAUGCAUACAUGUUGGCCAAUGGAACUCUUUCCAUCCCAAAGGUCCAAGUCAGUGAUGGCGGUUACUACAGAUGCGUGGCUGUCAACCAGCAAGGGGCGGAUCAUUUUACUGUGGGCAUCACAGUGAAUAAGAAAGGAUCUGGCAGGUCAUCCAAGAAGGGCAGACACCCAGGUGGGAAGACUCUUUCCAGAGUGCCAGGAGAUGUCGUGGAGGACGAAGGGGGUUCAGGCAUAGGAGACGAAGAGAACACUUCAAGGGGGGGUCUACACGCAAAGGACAAAGAGGUACUCAUCAAAACAAAAGAUGAGGCCAUCGCCGGAGGCAAGAAACCCAAGAAAGGGCGAAGAAAACUCAAACCCUGGAAGAAUUCUGAAAAAGAACCCGAGACCAACAUCGCCGAAGGUCGCAGAGUGUUUGAGUCCAGGCGAAGGAUAAAUAUGGCAAACAAGCAGAUUAAUCCAGAGCGUUGGGCAGAUAUUUUGGCCAGAGUACGUGGGAAAAAUCUCCCGAAGGGAACUGAAAUACCCCAGGCCAUUAAAACCACCACUCCUCCGUCCGUGAGUCCAGAAGUGACACCCAUUUUGCCUGCUGUUCCUCCCCCCUCGCUACCACCUGCACGGACCACAACCAGUGCGGAAGAGAGCUCAGCAGAUGUGUCUCUAUUGGGUGAGGACGGUCAGGUCUCCGGUGCUGUGUCCUCAGCCAGGAUGGGACUGGAAAGCGGGCACGAUGGAUUAAUUCUUGCUGAGCCCCAAGUGACAAGCACACAUCUGGAAGAAUUCACUGACCAUGGCUUUUCUAAGACUGAGGAUACAAGUCCUGCUGAAGUUGACCCACGGUGGGCUACAGCCAGCACCCCGAUAUCCAUGCCUCAUGAGUCUUCUCCUACUCUGCAGACCCUGGACCUGGUCUACGAGGAGCCCCCCGGCGAAAGCACAGCCACAGAGCGCUGGCCUGCCGUCGGUGCUGGAUCCAUGUCAGAGACUACGUCAAAUGCGUUUGAGUCUCCGUUGGGCGCCAUGUCCUUGGCUGAAUCUGAGACUGUCCCAUACAUUUCCCCAGAUCUGGAGACUAACCCACAACCCGAUGAAGAGAACAUGGAAGAGCUGACCUCCACUCCCUUCACGCCAACCAUCGUCUUGUGGGUUGAGGACUCCGGGGCAUCUGAACCAUUAGAAGGGCUCACAUUAGGGGAGCCAGAUGCCCCAUCAGAAGGACAUCCGCAGGGAGGAACAGACAAUGCUCUGCUUGUGAAAGGCGCUUUAAGCACUCAAGGCAGCCCACUGAUUGAAAAGGGCAUAGAGGAGAAUUCUGAGAUGCUGCGGGAAGGAGAUAUGCCAGAGAGAGACCCCACAAAGUCCGGAAGUCCUGAGAGUAUGGGCACGAGCGUUCAGUCUACCACUGUGCUUGACUCUACCCCGGGAGUGAAUGGCAUCACCUCCUUUAAACAUCCCAGGGAAAGCCCACGCGGCACUCUCUUUGACAAAGACACCAGCACAGUAACAACAGUGACACCAGCCGAAAAGGCCACUUCGCCUUUGGGGCUGACCACUCAUCCUUCUAGAAAAAGACACAAUGGCAGGAGGAGAUUGCGCCCCCACAGAUUCCGAAACCGCCAUAAACCAACUGCACCCACGACUCUUGUCCCAACGGAGGCUUUUUCUACUCGACCUACUCAAACACCUGAAGCGAAGGCCGCAGAGCCCGCGGGGAGGGUGCCGGGGCCAACAGCUUGGGUUGACAGCACCGCUGGUGCCCCCAAGCCGUCGGAGACGGAGAAGCAGGCAGAAGCCGUAUCCAAGGGGACCCCACGAAGGAAACACGGGAAGAGGCCCAAUAAACACCGUUAUUUCACCUCUUCAGUGAGCUCGCCGGUCUCUGCAUCCACACCCAGCCCUUCCCCGGAAAACAAACAUAAAAAUAUCAGUGCCCCCGGUUUGGAAACUGUACUCUUGUCUACAACCGUUUCCCUGACAACUGGGGACCCUCACGGGAUAGCUACAGAGGAAGACUCUGUGACAACGGCCACAAAGAGGCACUUGCCACCCAAUAAAUUCCAAGACACAAUUCCAGUCACCUAUAAGCCUGUGUGGGACAGAGAAGAACUGAAGCAUUACGGUGUCACAAACGUCAAUGACUACAGAACCGGCAGCUCGCUGCCUGACCACUCCAUCGCUAAUGCCGCGUCGCCUCUUGGCUUUGAGGUCUCCACCGUGGCUGAAUUUCCCGAGGAAUCGGCUCCACCUGGCUUUCCGGCCACCUCACGCUGGAACCCCCCGAGGGUCGUCCGGCCUGGGAGGCUGCAGACAGAUGCACCUGUUACCAGCUCUGUGGAAACCCUUCCAGUCUCACCCUUUCUUAAGCAGUCGGAGGACCUGGGUGUUCCUUCUAAAUUUCCACCCUCAGUUGCAGCCUCUACAUUGUUUCAGCCAGAAGAAGUGGUUGCUUCAACCACUGUCUCGAGCCUAAAAGCAGAGCCGUCUUCAAGUGAGGCAGGAACCACCAUCCAUGCUCCAGGGCCUCGCGAAAGCACUCCGGCUGAAAUUAGAGCUCGGCAUCACAUCCCAACGCCCGCUCCGCUGGAGACGACAGCAUCCCCAUUCCCGGCCACCACUCUCGUGCCCUCGGUCCAGACCUUCACAGAGCCCACACCUCUCACUUCAAAGACACCUCCAACAUCAACGGUUCCCAAGGAAAACGUUUUCUUGAAUUAUGUGGGGGUCCCAGAAGCCAAAACACCCCCAGCGAAAAAUGAGGGAACUCAGCAUGUGUUGACACCAAAUGAAUUAUCGACCCCUUCUUCCAACCAGGAUAAAUUUAACCCAGCUCCGAGGCAGCAGCUGGAAAAGGACGCAUUUGUUGGAACGACCCAAAACAGUCUUCCACGUGGGCCCGAUGGUAAGCACCAGGGCGGGAGAGUCCAAGUCUUCCCCCAGCCAGCCAGAGCUCCUGCCAAACCGAUCCCUCCUAGGGGGACGGCGAGGCCACCACAUACGGCUACAGAAGGCUCCUUUAGAUACUUUGUGACUUUCCAGCCCCCUCGUCACUUGACCAGUAAACCAGGAAUAACGGCAUAUCCUUCAAGGGUCUUGCCAGAGGAUAAGCCCCCGACGACUCCAAGAUUUUCGAGUACGACAACUCCCAUUGUUCCAGCACACAAGCCCAAACCUGGCAUUUCCACUAAGUUUACCGACCAAGGGAUAGACCGAUUCAACAGCAACUCCAAAGUGUUUGGGAAUAACAACAUCCCGGAUCUCCGAGACCCUGCUGGCAAGCUCCCAAGUUCAAGAGUCCCUCAUUAUCCCAGUGGAAGGUUCCCUUUCUUUUUCAACAGGACUCUCUCUUUCCCACAGUUGGGAGUUACUGCAAGGCCCCAGAUGCCUACCUCUCCUGCCCCCGUGAUAAGAGAGAGAAAAGUCAACCCAGAUCCGUACAAUAGGAUACAUUCUCAGAGCAUCAUCCACGUGGACUUUGGUCCCCCAGCACCUCCAGUACUGCCCCCUCCCCGGGCCACGGGGCCACCCUCCACAAACUCACAGAACAUCCCUGUGGUGUACUCCACCCGGAGCUCCAUCCCCUUCAUGGCGUCUUCGGGCCAGCCUUCCGGAAGCUUCCAUCAGAGCAGCUCAAAGCUCUUCUCUGUGGGAGGACCCCCUGCCUCCAAAUUCUGGAUGGUUGGAGAAAAGCCCCAAAUUAUCACAAAAUCCCCUCAGACCGUGUCCGUCACUGCGGAGACAGAUGCUGUGUUCCCAUGUGAGGCCACAGGGAAACCCACGCCUUUCAUCACCUGGACAAAGGUUUCCACAGGUGCUCUCAUGACCCCUAACACCAGAGUGCAACGGUUCGAGGUCCUGAAGAACGGCACGUUUGUCAUCCGAAAGGUACAGGUGCAAGACCGAGGCCAGUACGUGUGCACAGCCAAAAACCUGCACGGGGUAGACAGGAUGGCCGUCCUGCUGUCCGUCACGGUGCAGCAGCCCCAGAUCCUCGCCUCCCACUACCAGGAUGUCACCGUGUACCUGGGAGACACGAUCGCCAUGGAGUGUCUGGCCAAGGGAACCCCAGCCCCCCAAAUCUCCUGGAUUUUCCCGGACAGGAGGGUGUGGCAGACCGUGUCCCCCGUGGAGGGCAGGGUCACGCUGCACGAAAACCGGACCCUGUCCAUCAAAGAGGCCUCUUUCUCCGACAGAGGAGUCUACCAGUGUGUGGCCAGCAACGCGGCGGGCGCGGACAGCCUGGCCAUCCGCCUCCACGUGGCAGCCCUGCCGCCGGUCAUCCACCAGGAGAAGCUGGAGAACAUCUCGCUGCCCCCGGGGCUCAGCAUCCACAUCCACUGCACCGCCAAGGCCGCGCCCCUGCCCAGCGUGCGCUGGGUGCUGUGGGACGGGACCCAGAUUCGCCCAUCGCAGUUCAUCAAUGGGAACCUGUUCGUCUUCCCCAACGGCACGCUGUACAUCCGCAACCUGGCGCCCAAGGACAGCGGCCGCUACGAGUGCGUGGCCGCCAACCUGGUGGGCUCUGCGCGCAGGACCGUGCAGCUGACCGUGCAGCGCGCGGCGGCCAACGCGCGCAUCACCGGCACCUCCCCGCAGAGGACCGACGUGCGCUACGGCGGGACCCUCCGCCUGGACUGCAGCGCCUCGGGGGACCCCUGGCCGCGCAUCCUCUGGCGGCUGCCGUCCAAGCGCAUGAUGGACUCCCUCUUCAGCUUUGACACCAGAAUCAAGGUGUUUGCCAACGGGACCCUGGUGGUGAAAUCUGUCACGGACAAAGAUGCAGGGGAUUACCUGUGCGUUGCCCGGAAUAAGGUUGGAGACGACUUUGUCGUGCUCAAGGUGAACGUGGUCAUGAGACCGGCCAAGAUCGAGCGCAAGGAGGAGAAUGACCACAAAGUCUUCUAUGGGGGUGACCUGAAAGUGGACUGUGUGGCCACUGGGCUUCCCAACCCCGAGAUCUCCUGGAGCCUCCCGGAUGGCAGCCUGGUCAACUCCUUCAUGCAGUCUGACGAUGGCGGUGGCCGUACCAAGCGCUACGUGGUUUUCAACAACGGGACCCUCUAUUUCAAUGAGGUGGGCAUGCGGGAGGAAGGGGAUUACACCUGCUUUGCCGAAAACCAGGUUGGGAAGGAUGAGAUGAGGGUACGGGUCAAGGUGGUGACCGAGCCCGCCGCCAUCCGGAACAAGACAUACUCCGUGGUCCAGGUCCCCUACGGCGACGUGGUCACCGUAGCAUGUGAAGCCAAAGGGGAGCCCACGCCCAGGGUGACGUGGCUUUCUCCAACCAACAGGCUGAUCCCUGCCUCCUCCGAUAAGUACCAGAUAUAUCAGGACGGCACUCUCCUCAUUCAGAAAGCCCAGCGCUCCGACAGCGGCAAUUACACCUGCGUGGUCAGGAACAGCGCGGGGGAGGACAGGAAGACCGUCUGGAUUCACGUCAACGUCCAGUCGCCCACCAUCAACGGGAACCCCAACGCCAUCACCACCGUGCGGGAGAUCGCUGCUGGCGGGAGCCGCAAACUCAUCGACUGCCAGGCGGAAGGCAUCCCCACCCCGAGAGUCCUGUGGGCCUUUCCCGAGGGGGUGGUUCUGCCAGCCCCCUACCACGGGAACCGGAUCACCAUCCAUCGCAACGGCACGCUGGACAUCAGGAGUCUCAGGAAGAGCGACUCGGUGCAGCUGACGUGCAUCGGCCGCAACGAGGGAGGGGAAGCCAGGCUGAUCGUCCAGCUCACUGUCCUGGAGCCCGUGGAGAAGCCCGUCUUCCACGACCCCGUCAGCGAGAAGAUCACCGCCAUGGCCGGCCACACCAUCAGUCUCAACUGCUCGGCCGAAGGGACCCCGACACCCACCCUGCUGUGGGUCCUUCCCAACGGGACGGAGCUCCAGAGCGGCCAGCAGCUGCACAGGCUCUACCAUAAGGGUGAUGGCAGGUUGCAUAUCAGCGGCCUCUCCUCCGCGGAUGCCGGGGCUUACCGCUGCGUGGCCCGGAACUCCGCCGGCCACACGGAGCGGCUGGUCUCGCUGAAGGUGGGGGUGAAACCCGAGGUCGGCAACCAGUAUCACAAUCUGGUGAGCAUCAUCAACGGGGAGACCCUGCAGCUGCACUGCCUCCCUCCCAGGGGCCGGCCGGCUCGCUUCUCUUGGACGCUCCCCAACGCCAUGCUCUUAGAGGGCCCCCAGACACGGGGGCGCUUUUCCCUCUGGGAGAACGGCACCCUCACGGUACGUGACGCCUCCGUGUUCGACCGGGGGACCUACGUGUGCAAGGCGGACACCGAGUACGGCCCUUCCGUCAUGAACUUUCCAGUUAUCGUGAUAGCCUACCCUCCCCGGAUCACCAGUGAGCCAACGCCCGUCAUCUACACGCGGCCCGGGAACACCGUCAAGAUGAACUGCAUGGCCAUGGGCAUUCCCAAAGCCGAGAUCACCUGGGACCUGCCAGACAAAUCGCACCUGACCGCCGGGGCGCAGGCCCGUCUCUAUGGGAACAGAUUCCUUCACCCCCAAGGCUCCUUGACCAUCCAGCAGGCCACACACAGAGACGCAGGCUUCUACAAGUGCACCGCAAAGAACAUCCUAGGCACUGACUCAAAGACUACUUACAUCCACGUCUACUGAAACGCCUCCCCUCCGGACGUGGGCUCCGAGGCCAUUGCUUGGGAAGUUAGAACAAAGCAUCAUUUGUAAGGAAAACCGCCACGACCGGAUGGUCAGAACUCUUAACGGAUCUGUCACGGUGCAUGGUGGCCCCCGGCUGGAUUUCAGGUUCAUGUUGACUUUGACCUAUGCUCGUCGGCGAAAGGAAGCCAUGCGGACACGGGAAGGAUGGUUCGGCCUCUCCGGGGACUUUCAUUCACGUUUACAGCAGGCCGCCUGCUCCUGUCUGACGUUUUUCAGGAGCUGGACGCAUAUGGUGGUGUCUGUCUUGCAGAUGACACAUUUGGCUUUCCUGGGCAUCUGCAGCAGACCUAAGGAGUACUCACUGAAAAUAAACCAUACAGAUGACCAGUGCCUUGCUGCCCCAUUGAAGAUGCAUCCCCUAGUUACCCUGCUGCAGUCUUAACAUGAUAGAAUGUUCUAGAAUGACUACCCAUGUUUCACUUCCUUCCUGUCACUUUAGAACUCCAGCUUGCCCUAUAAGGGCUUAGAACCACAGUGACUGAUGUUUUUAUAAUGUACGAGUUUCAUACACUACGGCUACCAUUUUAUAUGGAACUCACUUUUUCAUAUAAUGGAACUCACUUUCUCCCUGGAGCUCACUUUUUAUAUAAUGUCUAACAUAAAGACAUUUUAUAUUUUCUUUCCAAUCAGACGAUGAGGCUAGAAAGAAAGAAAUACUUUCUGUCUCAUUAAAAAUAAUAAAUUAUUGGUCUUUACAAGACUUGGGUACAUGAGAGCAGGCAUGGAAAUACAAUUGUAAAAACAAAUCCCCUAAACUUCCUCGAGCAAAUUCAGUAACCGCUAUUAUAUUACCUUCCCCAGCAACGCUGUGGUGUGGGAGGCUGGGAUAUUGGAUUUUCCUGUUUGUGGAUUUAUCUUGAGAGUGGGAGUCGGGGGAGAGGGCAGGGGAGAGAGUUAAGCCAUGACUCUGCACAGUGAAUCCAGAGCCUCCUAGAAAAGCCCGGAAGUAUCUCCCCCACCCGACCCCCUGUCCAUGUGUGCUCAUGGAAAAUAGGACACACAUCAUCCCCAUGACUGCUUUACUGUAUUUUUAAGGUCAAUAUAAUGUACAUUUGAUAAUAAAAUAAUAUUUUCCAAAUAA